AUGGGGGAGGGCGGUUUCGGCAAGGGCAAACCGGGUGAGAAAGGCAAGAAGGGUAAGAAGGGAAAGAAGGGCGGCAAGAAGGGUGCCGAGGAGAAGGAGUGGGUGCCUUGCACCAAGAUCGGGCGCCUCGUGAAGGAGGGCAAGAUUACGUCCAUCGAGGAUAUAUAUUUGCAUUCGCUGCCCAUCAAGGAGUACCAGAUCAUCGACCAGUUCUUCGCCCCGGGCACGCUUAAGGACGAGGUGAUGAAGAUCCACCCUGUCCAGAAGAUGUCUUCAGCUGGCCAGACCAACCGCUUCGUCUGCUACGUGCUCGUGGGCGACAACAACGGCCACAUCGGGCUCGGCUCCAAGUGCUCCAAAGAGGUCGCCACGGCCAUCCGCGGCGGUAUCAUCGCCGCGAAGCUGAGUCUCAUCCCGGUGCGCCGCGGGUACUGGGGCAACAAGAUCGGCUUGCCGCACACGGUGCCGAUGAAGGUCGCAGGCAAGUGCGGUUCCGUGAGGGUCCGGCUGGUGCCAGCGCCGCGCGGGUCCAGCGUCGUGGGUUCCCCCGUGAUGAAGAAGAUGUUGGCCUUCUGUGGCAUCCAGGACUGUUUCACCUGCUCCUGCGGACACACGAGGACGAAGGGCAAUUUUAUCAAGGCGACGUUCGACGCCUUGCGCGCAACAUUCGGCUACCUGACACCCGACUUGUGGAAGCCUACGCACUUCAUCAAGUCCCCGUUCCAGGAGUGGUCCGACUACCUGGCCCAGUCCAAGGCCGCGUAUUGA